AUGGCGCGAGUUGCAGCGCGAAUAUGUCCAUAUUGGGAGGUGGACCUUGUUGAAUCACAGGCCUUUGAUUGUCAUGCUCUAAUAAUGGUUCAUGGUUGUCGCCAGAGGGAGGAAGCAUCUGCCUCAGAGACCAUGAUUCUUGGUUGCGUUUCUCGGCGGUAUUCUGGGUACAGAAGAUCUAAUGAGAAGAGAUAUGAAGCACCUUGCGGUCCGAUGCCUUGGCGGCGCACUCUACAG